UUUUCCGGAGAAUAGAUCAUUAGGCUCGAGUCCCGUGCCACGUAUUUCAGAGUGAUGCUAUCAUCAUAGAAAAACGCUUUAGAAAGUGGCACUUCCAUGGAAAUACUAAACUAUAAAUAAAAGGGCAGAGCGAUAAGUUGUGUAAAUCAGAAAAAAAAGAGAGCGCAAAAGUAUUGAGGGAAGCUAUGAAUAUCAUGAUCCUGCUACUCCUCCCUAUUUUCUUAGCGAUUACGCAUUUCUCAAACGCUGAUGAACCCUUCGACGUUCGGAAACACCUGGCCACUGUAUCCAGAUAUGCUGAUUCCAAUGACAUAUCCGCCAAUUCUUUCCUAUCUUCUGAAAUUCCAGAUCAAUGUACACCCAUUCAUUUGAAUCUAGUGGCAAGACAUGGCACUCGUGCACCAACGAAGAAGAAGAUAAGGGAAUUAGAAGCCUUGGCUGUUCACUUGGAAGUCCUUGUACGUGAUGCAAAAGAACAUAACCAAUCUUUGGAGAAAAUUCCUGCUUGGUUAGUGGGAUGGAGGUCUCCUUGGAAAGGAAAACUUACAGGUGGAGAGUUGAUCGCUGCAGGAGAAGAUGAAUUAUAUCAUCUCGGAAUCAGAGUCAGAGAAAGAUUUCCAGACCUUUUCAAUGAAGAAUACCACCCAGAUGUAUAUUCAAUCAAGACUACCCAGGUUCCUCGGGCAUCAGCUAGCGCUGUGGCAUUUGGGAUGGGUCUAUUUAAUGAAAGAGGAAAACUUGGACCAGGAAGGCAUCGAGCUUUUGCUGUUACCAGUGAAAGCCGUGCAAGUGACAUAGUUUUGAGAUUUCAUGAUUGUUGUCAAAGCUACAAGGCUUUUAGAAAAAGUCAGGAGCCAAAUGUGGACAAGCUCAAAGAACCUGUAUUGAAUGAAAUUACUCUUGAAUUAGUCAGGCAAUAUGGGCUUAAUUUUACAGAUCAAGAUGUAUCCUCUUUAUGGUUUCUCUGCAAACAGGAAGCAUCCUUGUUGAACAUCACCAAACAAGCUUGUAGUCUGUUCAGUUCAUCUGAGAUUUCUUUGUUGGAGUGGGCUGAUGAUUUGGAGUUGUUCAUUCUCAAAGGCUAUGGUGACACACUAAAUUAUCGAAUGGGAGUGCCACUGCUUGAGGAUGUUGUUCAAUCAAUGGAACAGGCAAUUAAGGCUAAAGAAGAAGGAUAUGCUCCAGGGAUCUAUGAAAAAGCAAGAAUGCGUUUUGCUCAUGCAGAAACUCUCCUUCCCUUUUCAUGCCUAAUCGGGCUCUUUCUUGAAGAAUCUGAGUUUGAACAGAUACAAAGAGAGGAAAGCUUGGAACUCCCGCCUAAGCCUCCUAAAAAUAGAAACUGGCGAGGAAGUAUCGUGGCUCCUUUUGCUGGAAAUAACAUGUUAAUCCUUUACAGCUGCCAAUUGGACAACUCAAGCAAGUACUUUGUGCAAGUGCUACAUAAUGAACGUCCCAUUGCAUUGCCAGGUUGCCAUGGUUUGAGUUUUUGCCCAUUCGAAGUAUUUAAGGGAAAAAUAGCUGCUCCUCACUUGAAACACGACUACAACAUGCUUUGCGACGUAAUGGAACAGAAACAGAAGAAUUCUGCGUCCAGUAAGUUAUCACAAUUACUUAGUUGGUUUUGGUCGCUGAGGAAUGCUGGCUCAUUGGCCCAGAAAGAUGAUUUAUAGUUUCUCACAAGUUUCUCUUUUUUUCUUUUUUCUUUUUGAUCUUUUCUAUGUUUGGCUGAUUGUGCCUGCUUAUUAGGAUGAUUCAAUCAUUAGGCCAGCAGAUUGUCCUGGUGGUACGAUUGCUAGGCCAAAUACUGUAUGAAUGAAGUUUAGGAGUGACUCAGUAACUGGUGGAAUUUUGGAUGUCUAACUGUAGGUAGCAAAGAAGGAAUAUAAUCGGUGAAAAUCCUUACUAAAGUUACUUGUAUGUUUUUUCACGUACGAGAAAUUUGUGUAAUGGCCAAUAUUACUAGAGUUCAUCAUUGUUGAGUUGGCUGGGCGUGUUCGCAUUUACGAUGACAGAGAUUUUGCAACCACCUCAACAUUAAUAUGGCACUCAGAUUUGGUUCCUAAUCCAUUUUUAAUUGGGAUGUACUGCAUGAUCGAUUUUGCUCUUGGAAUGGGAAAUCCCCUCAGAUUCCUCUCAUGUCCAAAAGCAUCUUUCAUUUCUGUUGAAAGGGAAGCUAAAGCUUGAAGAAGAAGGAAGAAGAAGAAGAAGUUUAUGGAGAGAGAAUAAGGAUUGAGAGAAUCAAAUUGUAAUUCUCAUUUCUGCAAUAAUUCCAAAUACACUGUAGCUAUUCCUAUUUAUAUUAUUCGCUAACCGACUUUAAUUAUCUCUAA